AUGUGUAUGGUUAUAUUCGCUCCGAUUUUUGCCAUUUGUGCUUUUGCAACAUGUGGAGGAUACUCUGGUCACCUCCAGGUUAAAGUGGACUGUGCAGACAGGAGGCACAGCAACCGCAGCAUCAACAUUGAUUUUGGCUAUCCUUUCAGAUUGCACCAAGUGCAUUUCAAGGCUCCCUUGUGCGACGUGAAACGAGGAGAGAUUCUCUUCCUGGACGGCGACUUCUCCCCGGCUGCUCAGUUUUUCGUCACCGUGGGUGUUUUUGCUUUCCUGUACUCGCUGCUGGCGACCAUCGUCUACGUCUUCUACCAGAACAAGUACCUGAAGCACAACAGAGGCCCACUUGUGGAUUUCGUGGUGACAGUCAUCUUCUCCUUCAUGUGGCUGGUCAGCAGCUGCUGUUGGGCCAAAGCUCUUUCUGACAUCAAGACGGCCACGAACCCGACACAGGUGCUCCUCCUCAUCUCCGCCUGCAGAUCUCAGGAAAACAAAUGUGCAGUUACCGAGGAGCCUCUGUGGUCCCGUCUCAACACGUCUGCGGUUUUUGGUUUCGUUAACGUGGUCCUCUGGGUCGGGAACAUUUGGUUCGUCUUCAAAGAGACGGGCUGGUACAAGACCGGCCAGAGGUACCCGACCAGGAGCGCUUCUGGGAAACGUUCCAGUGAAAUGCGACAGCGCCUUUACAGCGAGAGCAGCUUCGAGCAGCCGGAGGAGGGUUUCAGUCUCUCCAGGCAGAACAGCUUCAAUCAGUCAAAGGGGGAUUUUGGUGCGCAGGUCCAGAGACAAGCUAGCAUCAACCAGCCACAAGUAAGCUUCAGCUUACCGCAGACGUAUCUCGGCAAACCGGUGAUAUAUGACAGAGAGGAUAAGGUGGUUUCUAAAGGGCCCAUGAUAUUUGUCAAUGAGAUGUGA